UCACCAAAUAAAAGUCGAUAACUCUUCAAACUCUGCAGCCGACGAUUUUACGUCAAAAGGAAAAUAAGUUUAUUUUACGUAAAAAAAAGCUAAUCACAAUGGCAACGAAGGUACCAUUACCCUUGCAGAUGUUUGGCCGGCGUCUUGUCCAACUAAGGUCAUCGGUUACGGCCCAGAAUAUGAGCGCCCUGCGAUUAUACAGCACAGAAAAACAACCGGAAGAAGCGGCGGCAGGAUCAACGGAGCAGAAGGCGACAGCAUCUACACCAGAAGUUGAGAAACUCACCAAAGAUCUAGCCGCCGCCAAGGAGCAGAAUGCGGAGCUUCUGGACAAAUACAAGCGAUCCCUUGCCGACAGCGAAAACAUGCGCAACCGACUGAACAAACAGAUCAGCGACGCCAAGAUCUUCGGCAUCCAAAGCUUCUGCAAGGAUCUGCUCGAGGUGGCGGACACUCUAGGACAUGCCACGCAGGCGGUGCCCAAAGAUAAGUUAAGCGGCAAUGCUGAUUUGAAGAAUUUGUACGAGGGUCUUACCAUGACAAGGGCGUCGUUGCUGCAAGUGUUCAAACGACACGGUCUGGAACCGCUGGAUCCUAUCAACCAGAAGUUUGACCCCAAUCAGCAUGAGGCCCUGUUCCAGAAGGAGGACAAAACGGUUGAGGCCAACACCGUGGUGGAGGUGACCAAACUCGGCUACAAACUGCAUGAGCGUUGCAUACGGCCCGCAUUGGUGGGUGUGUCCAAGUGUUGAUCACGAAGUGUCUGCCCAGAGGCAAGCAAAAUUCCCAGUCUCCCCCAGAUCAAAUUCCCCCAAGAAAAAAAUUUCCCAUUUACAUGGCCUUGCUCUCAGUCGUUUGCAAUUUGUUUUCCACUGCAAAAUUCAUGUACGUAAAACCCGUGUAAAUACAACGUAUCCUCAAAUCCCUCCUUUGGGCAGCGCUUGCGAAUUUAGAAUUCCUUCUAGUUUUUAAGAGAUCUGUGACUGGAUUCGAUGGCCACAAUUUAUACCACACGCGUUGCCAUCGAGUGUUCCAAUUUAAGGUUUAAUUACGGUAAUAAAAACGUGUUAGUUUGUUGGCAUA